AUGGCUACCAACGGAAACUUUGCCCAGCAGGACCAAUACAAGGGCUCCGCCGACCAGUACUCCAACAACGCCACGAUCGAGACCACAAACGCGUCGGGCACCAAUGACCUGUCCAAGGAUGAGGUUGGCUGGUACUUUGUCGAGCAGUACUACACAACCCUCAGCAAGUUUCCCGAGAAGCUUCACUUGUUCUACGGCAAGCGGUCGCAGUUCGUUAGUGGCGCAGAGGCUGAGGUAGCCAACGUAUCUGUUGGCCGUCAGGCUAUCCAGGAGCGCAUCAAGCAGCUCGACUUCCAAGAUUGCAAGGUCCGUGUGUCAAACGUUGAUAGCCAAGCUUCCUCUGCCGACAGCAUCGUCAUUCAAGUCAUUGGCGAGGUCUCGAACAAGGCAGGCGAGCCCAAGAAGUUUGUCCAGACAUUUGUUCUCGCCCAGCAACCCUCUGGCUACUUCGUCCUGAACGAUAUCCUCCGCUACAUCGACGAAGAGUCCGAGGAAGAAGCUCAGCCACCUACUGAGAUCUCUGCCGACCGCCCCAAUGCCGACAUCACAACAACAAAGGAGGCCACUGAGCCCGAGGCUGCCCCUGCCGUUGAAGCUGCGGCUAGCCAAGACAGUGAGCUAGACACCGAGGUCGUCAAGGAGAAGCUGGAGGCUGCCACUUCUGAUGACAAGACUGCCGAUAGCGCCGUUCCCGAUGCCGGCGGUGAUGUCCAGGCUCAGGAGACCGAGUCUCAGGCAAUUGAUCCUGCCAGUACUGCUCAGCAGGUGGCUGAGGAGGACGUCAAGCAGCCCGAGAAGCCAAAGGACCCCAGCCCUACACCUGCUCCCAAGCAGGCUGCGCCGGUUGAGGCCGUCCCUGCAGCCGAGAAGGCUACCGGCCCUCCCAAGCCUAUGACCUGGGCCAGCCGUGCGGCAGCAGCAGCUGGACCUCGUCCAGUUGUCCCUCUUCCCAAGACAGCUACACCUCCUGCCCAGCAGCAGGAGAACAAGCCCCCAGCUGCCCAGGCCGCUGUUGCGCCUGCUGCCGCAUCUCCCGCUCAGACAAGUGCCCCUGCUCCCACUGCGACUGCCGAACCUACCAAGGAAGCCUCCGGCUGGCAGACUGCUGGUAGUGACUCGAAGCGCCAGAACCGCCCGCAGUCCGUGUCGGCAGCCCCUGAGAAAGAGGGCACCCUCGGUUACGUGAAAUUCGUCACAGAAAAGGUUCAGGAGUCCGACCUCAAGAAGGCCCUCGAGGCCCAUGGUGAGCUUGCUUACUUUGACAUCAACCGUCAGAAGAACUGCGCGUUUGUCGAGUACAAGACCACCGAGGGAUACAAUGCUGCUGUGAGCGCCAACCCUCACACCGUGAAUGGGGAACAGAUCAUUGUUGAGCCGCGUCGACCCAAGACCGGCACGUACGGCGGUAACACGUACGGCGGCGGUCGUGGCGGCGCCCAACGCGGCCGUGGUGGCUUUGAGGGUGGUCGUGGUGGCCAGGGCAACGCCAGGGGUAACUUUUCUGGCCAGAACCGUGGACGCGGUGGUGCUCGUGGCCGCGGUGGCGCCGCACAGGCCACCAACGCUUAG